UCCCUGGCCUCACUUCGGCUUUUGCGCAAUGUGCCUGGGAUGAAACACAGAGCAAACAUCUGCUUGUUAUAUAGGCGCUGCAGUCCUCUCCUCGGCUGGCGCACAGCUCUGGGGCCACGGCACAGCAGGUCCAGUUCUGCAGACAGCAGCAGAGUGCAUGGAGAGUCCCCUGCCCUGGCACCCUGCAGCAGCUGGGGAGUGUGUGUGACUGACAGAGCAGGGAUGUCUGAGACCUCAGCUAGCAAGGAGAGUCUCCCAGCCGAGUGCCCUGUGUGCUAUGAGAAAUUUCACCCACUGGAAGCCACACGCCGGAAGCUCAGCUGUGGGCACACCUUCUGCCACGACUGCCUGGUGAAGUGCCUGCUCUCCGCCAAGCUCGAUGGCCAGGUCCAGAACAGCAUCAUCUGCCCUGUCUGUCGUUAUGUGACUUUCCUCAGCAAGAAGAAGGCUCUCUGGCCACCCAAGGCAGGGACAAACCCCUGGACACUGGAAAUACCUCUAUCACCUUCCUCCCUGUCCCAUCUGACCAGACUGGAGUCCACCAAUACCUUAGUGGUUCCCAGCCAUUUUGUGAUGCCAGUACAAAACUUGGACCAAUGUCGCAGCCCCGGAAAUACCCCUCUAGACUCUCGAGGGGUCCCAGGAGAGCUGGCACGGGAAGCCCAGAUCUUUGUGAUCAGCGACCAUGGGAUGUCACUGGUAGAUGAGGACUGUGGCUCACUGGGGAGGAGAAGCAGAACAGAAACACUGAGCUCAGUGUCGUCCAGCUCUGCACUGGGGGUGAAAUGCUGCCAGUCACCCAUUGCCUUGGCUGUGCUGCUCAUCUUGACUGUGGCACUGCUUGCGGCUGUGCUCCCUUGGCUGCUGCUGGUGAAGAGGGACUCAUAGUGGGAGUGGGAGACAGUUCCCACCAGGAUAUCCCACCAGGUGCUGGCAGAAAUAAGCAGCGCUCCCAGGAUAAGCAGUCCUGCUCCUGAGCCAGUCGCUCAGGAGGGAGCCUGGCUUGUCUCCAGCUUGUGUCCUGGAGGAGGUCUCACUGAUGUUGUGGCACAGCUGGGCUCUUGGACCACUCUCAAAAGACGUCUGGAGAAAGCAACUUCAUAUGAAGUUCUCCCUUCUGGACAAAGGCUGAAUAGUCUCCCCUAUCUUUCUGCAGAUCUCAGGGACCUCACAGUGUCACUGUCAUCAUUUUCUGCCUCUUUUGGUUAAAACAUGGCCGGUCAAACCCUGCCAGUUGGAAUAAUUUGGCUGGGAUUCCUCCAGUGUUUUAGCAGAGGGUGGUAGCUUCUCCUGGCAUCUCGUGACAUCCAGGGCCCUUGUAGCUAUGCACAGGGAUAGUUGACCCCCUGUGCUGACCCCCUCCCUCCAUCCUGGAUCCCAGGGGAUUGUGACUGUGGCACCCACGCACUUGGAGCCUGGGCAGAACCUAGGGCUCUGUACCUGGGAGACGAUCAUGCGAACAGCUUGUGGGGCUUUUGGAGAACCCCGGUCUCCUGACUGGCUUCCAGGGUAGCGGGAGUACAUGGUACAGCCACCUUGGACCAGAAAUUCAUGCCUUUCCAUCCCAGAGGUGUGCAAUUAAACCAGAACCUCUAGCUACUGGGCAACAAGGACAGUGAACCCCCUGCACCCAUGGCCGAGCUGGCACAAGCGCAGUCCUGCCCAUGGACCAGACUUAUCUCUGGAAGCAGCCCACCAAGGCAAUUUGGCAUCAAGACCCACAGGCAGGAGCUCUGAGCCCCAGGCCUUCCAGCACGUCUGCCCGCAAGGGCAUAUCUGCCUGCAGAGCAGGUUUUCAGGCCGCUUCUGGAGACAGCAGGUUGUUCUCUGCAUGGGUGCAACUGGCAGGGUGUUACAUGGCCAGGGCUAUGCUGGGGUGCAGGGAUGCCAGGACACAGCUGUCAGCCAUGGGCAGGGCCACCGUGGCAGUGUGGCAUGUCUCCACAAGCUGGGAGUUUUCUCCAGGGCAUCGCUCCAAAGGGCUGUCCUCCCAUGCUGGCUCAUCUCCUUGCACACACGAGGCCCUGCUGGGGCGGAUUUUGCCAAUGUGCAGGGGCAGCAGAACUCAGCCCCAGGCAGCUGUGCCAGGGUGGCAGUGGGAAGGCCCCAGUGGCAAUCAGGCAGAUGGAAGAAGUGACAAAUGCCAGCCUGUGCUUUGGUAAGGGCUGCUCCCUGGGGAGCAAACACAUCUGCAAAUGUGUUACACAUGGGGACUGCCAUUGCCAGUUGGAGCAUGGAGAGAGCGAUCCUUGUCCCUUGUUAUCUCACCUUCCCCUCCCUGAGCCUGUGAUCCCCUCCAUACAGAGAGAUGGGAUAGGAACAGAUGCCAGCUCAUUUCUCAGGCAAACCUAGCCUUACCCUCACUCAGCCUUGGUCUCUUGCUCAUUUUACUCUUCAGCUUCUUCCCAACGGUCCUCAUCAUCCUCCCAGUCUCACAGGCCUCCCUGUCCUAGGUAUACAGAGAAAGGCAGUGGCACCUAAGCCAAAGGCCUGGAGCAUAUGAAGUGCCAGAUGUGAGAAUCCCACACUGCUUUACAGGCUGAGCACUGCUCCUCAGUAGAGUCCCACGUCCAGCAGAAUGGCGUUUCCUCGUCCCUUUAUCUAGUUCCUGGACGAUAAGACCCAGCAGCUCAUAUUUACCAUUGCUAAAGAGGUUUGUCACCCACAUGCCUCCUGACCUUGCCCUCUUUGGGACUGGUCCUUCCCCAGGAUGUCUUGACCUGUCACCCUGCAGGCCCUGUCUGGGAGUGGAGAUGGAGAGUGCUGAGCUGCCCAGUCUGGAUUGGGGACCCUUUGUGCCCCACCUCAGGGAGCGGAGGCAGCCAGUCACCCCCUGCCAGAGCCACCCAGAGGUGCUGCAGACCCGCAGGGUAGGCCCUGGUCUCCCGUCAUGCUCCCACGAAGGCUGUGUGCCUCCGACACGGUGCCUGCCUGCUCUCUGCCACCUUUGCUCUCCUGACCCAGACUCCAGCCGCAUGGGCGCUGCUCUCUGCCCAGUCAUUCUGGAAUGCACCCCGAGGACUCAUCCUGAGCUUUCCGACCCCAUCUGGGAGCAGGAACAACAUGGCCCCAGCCAUAACCACCAAGCUGAGAAGCCCAAGGGGAUGAAUGGUGGGGGAAGGAGGGCUGGCACAUGUUUCCCAGGCUCCCAAAAGGAGAUUUCCACUGCCAGGUUGAGUUUCAAUUAGGACAAACAUGUCCAGCAGUUCCACCAAGCGAGGAGAGUCAAUUUUGGGAUCAGUCAAAACAUUUCAUGGGAACAAAUAAAAACCACUUGUGACAGGUCA